AAUAUCAUUGCAUUGGUUAGUUUGGUUUAAACUGUUAUAUUUGCUUCCAAAAUGCUUCAGAGAUGGUUUUUACUUAAUUUCUCUCAGCAUAGACGAUAUGACACCUCCUCUACCAUCUGACACCUGAUAGAUGAAAAACCAUUGUUCUUUGUAUGCGAAGGCCCCGUCGAAACUCGCACAUCCCCGAGAAUCUACGCUCUUUGUUUUCAGUGGUUGUUGAGCAAAAAGGCUGAAGAUCAGACCUUCAGAAGCAGAUGCACCAAAACCAUGGAGAUGUUCACUUAAACCAAAGGGACAGAGACGACUGAACUGGCCAACAAGAAAGUUGAAAAGUUUGCAGCAGUCCUCCCUGUGACGCUGAAAACGGCUCCAUAAUUAUGGCUUUAGCUCCAUCCCACAGACUGUGGGUGGGGAUGCUGGCGGUAGUGGUGCUGCUGCUGGUUGAAUUCCCUCGUUCCCUGCCUAAGUGCAUCUUUGAUGAGGUUCAGGCCCAGGUCAGACCAGUCAGAGCUGCACCCAUCCACCAAGACAGACCACCCACUCAGAACACAAUCAGAGACCCGACCGGAGACCCAGGACCCAGGGCAUCACGGUCGACGAAACUGAGGAAACAAAGAGACCCUCCUACCACGACCCAGCCACAGCCAAUCAGAAUCAAGACCUGGACUCCAAGAGAGAGCAGCAGCCUAUCAGAUGCAGAGAGAGGACGGCUGGAGGAGGCGGUGGAGGAGGCCGUCAGGAUGGUGUCAUCUCUACUGUCAGUGAACAGAGUGUCUGGUCCUCUGCUGCUCAGAAGAGACAUCAACAAAUACUGCAAGUUUCUGUGGAGGAAUUCCAGCUCUGCAAACUACAACAGAUGUGGCCGAGCCAACAACAACUACAGAACUGAGACGUGUCUGGAUGUGACCAUCCCAGAGGAUCACUUGGGUGGGUGUGACGUUUACCCAGACCCUGACUCCCCCCGUAGGACUGUGCUCCGACCAGAAGGUGCUGGAGUCGCCGACACCGACUUCCUGUUGUACCUUCAUGUCCUGGACACAGACAAGUGCAGAGCGGAGCCUGGUGUCCUGGCGUACGCUGUCCACUGUCAGAUGGACACCACUGGACGUCCUGUGGCUGGAGUGGUGGUCAUCUGUAGAGACAGACUGACCGGAGCCACAUACGAUCACCUGACCACUGUACAGACUGUGAUCCAUGAGCUGUUUCAUGCACUCGGUUUCUCUAAGGAUCUGUUUCAUUCCUGGAGAGACUGUUCCUCCUCUUCUCCAGGCUGUUCUCCGUGGGGCAAAGUGGUUCAUCCUGAUGCAUCAGGCCAGAUGAGGAUUUACACCCGGUCUGUCGUCUCAGCUCUGCAGAAGCACCUGAAGUCCACUGAUCCAGACACAGGAGGAGCUCUAGAAAAUCUGGAUGUCCUUCCAGGCAGGGUGUCCUCUCACUGGGAGUCCCGGGUGCUGCAGGGCUCCAUCAUGGCGGCGGUGCUGGGGGGUUCCACCACAGUCCGGAUCGACCGGGUCACUCUGGCUGCAUUCCAGGACACCGGCUGGUACACGGUGAACCUGAGCCGGGCACAGAGUCUGAUCUGGGGAGAGGCUGAGGGAGCUUCGUUUGGUUCCCUCUCAACCUGCAAAGACAACUCAUCCAAGUUUUUUUGCACUGGCAGUGAUUUUGGGUGUCAUUAUCUUCACCUCCACAAAGGCAAGUGUCUCACUGAUCCAUAUCUGGAGGGGUGUCGCAUCUAUAAACCUCUCAAAAAUGGAAGUGAAUGUUGGAAAACAGAAAACAGCUGGCAGUCGGUUGAAGAUGAGGUCUUUGGCUUUGAAAGUCGCUGCUUCUUCUCUAGUCUGACCAGACAGAAUCCAUCUCUGCUGUUGAACAGUUCGAUGGAGGGACGCUGUUACCGACACAGAUGUGUUGGAUUUAACAAGUACCAAAUCCAGGUGUCCGGCUCUGAAUGGGUGGACUGUCCAUCAGGUGACACAGUUCAGAUAAACGGAUAUCAGGGUUAUGUUCUAUGUCCUGAUAAGAGGUUGUGUCUGUUCCAUGAUGCUGUUCCUCCUUCACGUGUCGUCAGCCCGUCUCCUGCUUCCAUCACAAGUGCUCCCAGCGAAACUUCAGCCCAGAACAGGACCUGGUCUCCACACAGACCUGCUGAGGAGGUCACAGUUCUAACAGCGCUCUGCAUCGUUGCUGCUGUGAGUCUAACAGCUGCAGUCAGAGUAUCUUAUAAGAAAUACCGCUCCUGCAGGAUCAGGAUUCACACCAGUUAACGUGUAGAUAGAGAACUUUAUUUAUCUCACAGUGGGCAAUUCUGUUUACAGUCUGUAAAUAUGGUUUAAGAGUGAAUCAUAGUACAGUAUGC